AUGUCCGAAGGAAAACCUAUAACUUGUACUGCUGCCGUCGCCUACGAGGCCGGCAAACCUUUGACUGUUGAGGAGAUCGUGGUGGAUCCACCCAAAGCGCAUGAGGUGCGCAUCAAAGUUGAGUACACCGCCGUCUGCCAUACGGAUGCAUACACACUGAGUGGUGUUGACCCAGAGGGCGCGUUCCCCAGCAUUUUGGGCCACGAGGGCGCGGGUGUCGUGGAGUCGGUCGGCGAAGGCGUCACGAACGUCAAGGCCGGCGACCACGUAAUUGCGCUCUACACUGCUGAGUGCAAAGAGUGCAAGUUCUGCAAGUCGGGCAAGACUAACCUGUGCGGCUCUGUGAGGGCCACACAGGGCAAGGGUGUGAUGCCCGACGGAACCUCGAGAUUCCACAACAAAAAGGGUGAGGACCUGCUACACUUCAUGGGCUGCUCAACGUUCUCACAGUACACAGUUGUUGCCGACGUUUCUGUAGUGGCUAUUGACCCUAAGGCGCCGCUAGAUAAGACUUGUCUGCUAGGGUGCGGUGUCACCACCGGCUACGGCGCGGCUGUGAAGACCGCCGACGUUCAAAAAGGCGACACAGUUGCAAUUUUUGGCGCAGGUACGGUGGGUCUCUCCGUGGUGCAAGGUGCACACGUCAGAGGUGCAUCCAAGAUCAUUGUUGUUGACAUCAACGACCAAAAGAAGCAAUGGUCAUUGGACUUCGGUGCCACAGACUUUGUCAACCCCUCCAAAGGUCUCAAAGAUGGCCAAACUAUUGUUGAUAAAUUGGUUGAGAUGACUGACGGCGGUUUGGACUUCACUUUUGACUGCACCGGUAACACCGACGUCAUGAGAAGCGCGCUUGAAGCAUGUCACAAGGGCUGGGGCCAGUCCAUCAUUAUCGGUGUCGCGGCUGCGGGCAAAGAAAUCUCAACAAGACCAUUCCAACUCGUUACUGGUAGAGUGUGGAAGGGCUCUGCUUUUGGUGGCAUCAAAGGAAGAUCUGAGAUGGGCGGUCUAGUCUCGGAUUACAUGGACGGCAAGCUCAAGGUCGACGAAUUCAUCACACACAGAAGGGGCUUCACCGACAUCAACAGCGCCUUUGAAGACCUCCACCACGGCGACUGCCUAAGAACAGUGUUGGACUUGUCCAAAUAA